AUGGGGGACUACUACCAUCAUUUUCUCACCUCCAUGACGGGGGUGACUGCCAGCCAAAGCAUGAGUCCUCACGAGUUACAUCCACCUCAGUUUCCGGGUGCCCAGAUGGCCAUGAUGGGGGGUGCCAUGCCUGGAUCCUAUACCAAUCUAGGAUAUUUCACUGGCUUCCCCGACUCUGUAGGACUCACUGCCCCCAAAUCAUCAAGAAAUCGAAGGAAAUCGGCCCAGGGCCUGGAUCACGUCAAGCACCGCCGCACAAGGUCUGGCUGCUACAUGUGCAGGAGUAGACGAGUCAAGUGUGAUGAAACACGUCCAAUCUGUGAUAGAUGCCGGAAAGGCAGUCGCGAAUGCAUUUACCCGGAAGCUUCAGCACCUAAGGGCUCGGCAUCCCAGUCCACGACCCCCAAAGACGGAUCGACUACACAAGAGGCCAGCCCGGAUUCUUCCAACGAUGUGGAGGAUAUAGAAGAGGACGCCGAGCCUCCCGGGUUAGACACCAUCCCAGACGAGGACGAAGGGGAUGAGGCAUCUUAUGAGCAGCAGCAUUCCGGGCCUAAUAAAAACAGCACAGCUUCGCCGUCCAUUCUACAGCGCGCGACGAACACGCGUCAUGGCUCUGAGACGCCAUCGUAUGAAGGACCCAAAAGCGUCUCGCCUUCUGCGUCCACGAGUAGUCAAGCAACUACGGCGUAUGCGAUGCCAGACCUCGCUAUUCUUUCCCUGAGUAGUCACACCGACUGGUCACAUCUACCGGCCGACUUGCGUCAGCAUCUGGAAUACUUUUGCGAGCACGUCACGCAUUAUCACUACUGCAUGAUUACCGACGCCCAUGACUUUUUUCGUGUCAUUCUGCCAAACUUUGCUCUGCAGAACGACGCUUUGCUAUAUGCAAUCGUCGGGUUUGCCGCGUAUCAACGCACUUUGCAGGAUCCCAACGGCAAGAUGGAGGAGUUUUUGAAGUAUUACAACAAGAGUGUUAUCCUCUUGCUGAACUCGCUCAAGAGAAAGGAGAAGCACAGUGUCGGCAUGCUUCUGACGGUACUGCAGCUCGCCACGGUCGAGGAGUACUUGGGUGACUGGAUCAACCUCAUGGGGCAUCAAAAGGCCGCAUUCGAGAUGCUGACUCACCUGUUCACCCCGGAGACGGCUCCUCAGAGUGCUCUUGGAAGAAUGGUUUUGUCUUGGUACGGACGUUUCGACAUCUUUAUCGCCUUGAUGGGCGGGUUUCCUACAAUGCUAGCUCCAGAAUGGUUCACGACCUUUGUCGAAUACUGCGACCAGCAGGCUAUCUUGGACGAGGCAGGUAGUCGAGAGUGGAGGUAUGAGGCGGAGGCGGGCCGUCUAAGGGUGAUUUCGAGAGAAAUGUCGACUCUGUUUGCGCGAGGCAGCAGGGGCCAGAUCUCGCCAGAAGACUUCGCAAUCGAACACGAACGAAUCCAGAAUUCGCUUCAAGACUGGAAAGACGGCUGGGACCAUGCACUCACUGACCCUUCCCACUUCGUCACGGACUUCAGCCACGCACGAGCCCUGAAUGACAACGACAUUGUAGACCCCUUUGCCCCGGGGGUUUUAUACGACUUCCCAGCUUUUCCUACGACAUUGCUCAUCGGCGAAUUCAAUUCCACGAUGAUGAUGCACAAAUGCCAGUCAUCAACAACAGAUAGAGGACGGCUAUAUGGCGAGUUGAGAGGCCAUGCGUUCGCCAUCUGCCAGAUCUUCGAAGCUGUGGAAGAGUGGCCGUCAAGUCCAAAGGGCAGCCUGAUCAUGAUCCAGGCCUGCGUUGCGAUUUCGGCACUGUUCCUGCCACAGGACACCAAGCAUCACAACUGGGUUAGACGGAAAUUCGCGUUGUUAGAAACUAUGGGGUAUAUACACCCGCUUACACUCCGUACCAAGAUGGCCGAGAUGUUUUCUGAGCCGUCUUGUGCACGUUGGUGGCUGCCCAACGAUGAGGGUUACAGCCGGAUCCUACAGGACGUCCGGGCCUUCGCCGACGAACGUAACGCCAACGCGGUCUCUGCCCAGGCAGAGAACCUACGAGAAGUCCGUCACAUCUUUGCCAAGAUGCAAAUGGCAGAGGAGAACGCGGCUCAGGCUGAGUAG